AUGAAUAUAUUUAAAAGAAAUAAAACUUUGGAGAAAACGAAUUUUGACAAAAUAAAUAAUGUACAAAUAUAUGGAGAGAAUAAAAUACACUGCAAGGGGGGUUUCGUAUCUGGACCUGCCUUUUUAACGGUUAUCUCUUCCUUUCUUAUGAUAUUAGUCCCGGUUGCCAUUUUCCACGCCUUUACCUCAACAUGGUUCUUUGAAAAAGAUAUUUACUACGUCUCAUUUUUGAACCUCUUCUUUUUCACACUAACCAUUUAUACCUUCUUUAAAACGAGUUUUAUGGACCCUGGUAUAAUACCAAGACAGAAAUCCGUACUAAACAUUUACGAUGUGAUAAUCCAACAGUACCGGGAAACGCAACCGCCACGACAGAAGGAAGUUUUGAUAAAUGGAAACUUUUACAAGCUCAAGUAUUGCUACACAUGUAACAUAUAUAGAGGCAUAAGGACUGUGCACUGUUCCAUUUGUGACAACUGCGUGGAGAAAUUCGAUCACCACUGUCCAUGGGUGGGCAAUUGCAUCGGGACGAGGAACUACAAAUACUUCGUGUACUUCGUUUUUAACCUGUACAUCCUGAUAUGCAUAACUCUGGGCGCGAGUAUUUACAAACUGACCAUAUGUAUAAACAGCCUAUCAGACCAGGGAUACAACACGGAGAAAAUAUUUAUUCACAUAUGGCGUAUGGCCACAGAUAGCAUAAUUCUGAUCAUAUACACUAUCCUAACGUUGUGGUUUGUUAUAGGACUGUUGUGCUAUCACAUCUACACAAUUGUAACCAACCAAACAACGUAUGAACAAAUAAAGACCUUUUACCAAAACGAUAAUCCGUUUAAUAUUGGCGUCUUUAACAAUAUAAAGGAGAUACUUUUCACCAAAACGAGGCCGUCCUACAUCAAUUUUGUCAACCCCCAAUUACAAAUUGUGGAUGAAAAGUGCUCCCACAACGUAGUCGUACUGAACGAUGUAGCUAUCAACAUAGAGGAAGAACAAAAUAAUAAUGACUCACUCACUAGUGAAAACAAAAAUGAAGAAAAAGAAAAAAACUCCAUUGAAUCCAAAGUUAUAGAAUUCAAUUGGACCAAAAAAGGAAGAGAUUACCAUUCGAUCAAUAUUCACGGUAGCAAAGGUAGAAACAAAACUUACAGUGUAAAGAAAAAGAUAAAAAAAGAAAAAAGUUUAGAAGAAUAUGAUAUUACCAAAUUGAGCAACAUUUCCUACAAAGCAAUUGAAAAAAAUGCCAUCCAUUUGAAGUACGAUAAGAAUAAAAAUACAAGAAUGAGUAAAAUAAAAUUGUCAAAUGUUAGAAAGAAGAAUAGCUACUCCGAAGAAUUAAGUAACGAUUUUGAACAACUCAGUCAGUACACAGAAAAAAAGAUCAUAAAUUUGGAUAACACUGUGGGUUCUGUAUUCAUUAGGAACGAUUUGUCUUCAACAGGCAGCUCUAAUAACGACCUGUGCAGUGACAUAUGUAACGAGAGCAGGGCUAGCUACGUAGGAGACGAAAUGAAUGCAGACGAACUGUAUGAAUACCAGGAUGAUGAUAUAAUUCGCCUGAACAGGAAGAGAAUGAACAAUAAUAACAACUACAUUAUUGUUAUUAAGAAUUGGAAGAGGGGCAGCGAAUGCUAUAGGGGAGGUAUAAGCAAGGGUGGCCUAAUCAGAAGCGGCUUGAGUAAGGACUACCCGAGUAGAAGCAGUAUAGGGAAAAACGGCCUACGCAAAAAGGAUACGCACGAUGGUUAUUCCCUUUCCCCACUUGGCCAUUCCAAACAAAUCAGACGGAAACGAAUUAACCACGAAAUAAAAAUUAACUGCUUCAGCAACUUGACGCACGUGAGAAAAAAAUUAGAGUACCCAAUUCGGCAUAAGAGAAAAUUUCCAUUCAUCCGUAAGUUUAAAAACAAAAUGGAAACCUAUUACGUAGUCAGAUAUGCCAACAUAAAUAAGAAAGACUUUUCGACCUACUGUCAGCAGACAAUUGCGGGUCAAAAAAUGAAUAGCGCCAAACGGAUGAGCAAGAUGAAAAUGAUAAGGAAGAUAAAGAAGAUAAAAUACUUGCGGAAGUUAUUUUCUAGAAAGCGCAAGCACGACAAUAAUGGUCAUAAGAAUCGGGGCAAAAUAAAAAUGUUCAGCAUCGCAAAGAGUGCCAAUCCGCAGGAAGAAUUAUGCAAUUGCGACAGUGGCGGUGGUGUUGGCGAUGGCGAUGACGAUGGGGGUGGGAGGCAUGCCAAAAACGCACACGAUGUCUGCCUUGCCAACGAGACGGUUGUACUCAAAAAGAGGAAGAAGAAGAUGACGGCCCUGCAGAAGGAUGUCAUUAUCAGCAUAUAUAAUUAUAAGCCCAAGGAUAAGAGGGAGAGGUCCAAACAGUGGGAUGCAAGCCCUUCCAUGUUGGGAAAUAAGGAAACGCAUGAAAAGGAACCAACUGAUCAAUUGGACCAAGUGGGCCAACAUAAACGCAACAGCAGGGAGGAGGUUCCAGAUUUGUCCAUCCAAACACACCGCCAAAUGCACGGAGACGCCUCCACCAAAUACGCAGAAGAAAAACAAAAGAAGUUGGACCUGGAGCUGCCCGCAUAUUACCUCUCCGGAAUAGACAACGCUGAGCUGGAUAAUUUCAGCAAGAUAUGCGAAAUGAGGUACACCAAAAUGUACAAGUGGAAGUACAAGAAAAUGCAAAGGAGAAUACUGCGAAGGGAAAGAAUAAAAUUGCUAUCCAGGCCACAUAAAAACAUCCACUUGUAUUAUAACAACAAAAAUUAUUGCAUUGAUGAGUCUAAAGAUUGGCACCAAAAUAGUGAACUGUUGAGCGAAUACAUGGACGCUAAUCUUUACUUUACGAAAAUUAAAAAAAGCAAUAAAUUUGACAAUUUAAAAUUAUUGAAUUAUUUAAUUCACAAGCAUAAACAAGAUAAAGACCAAUCAGAUAAUAAGAAGAAAAGCAAGGCGUCCAAAUUUUUUUAUUUUUUUACAUCCUUUGCUCUAAUAAUUAAUUGUAUACACAUACCGGCUAGUAAUGAUAAUGACUGA